GAGUAUUUAUACUUUGCCCAUUGCCUCUGUCCUUCCCUCUUUGCGUGCGCUUACUGACCUUCUCUCUGCUCUCGUUCUUCACCCGCACAGAUCUCCUUUUCCCUACCUCUCUGCUUCUCUCUUCAUCGCCAGCAGCCUCAGAUCACUUCAAAGCAGUAGAUGGCAAUGCAGGAAACUGGUCCUGCUGCUCCAAGUGCACAGGUGGUUGGUAAUGCCUUUGUGGAACAGUAUUACCAUAUUCUUCACCAGUCCCCUGGAUUGGUGUAUAGAUUUUAUCAGGAUUCAAGUAUGCUUAGCCGACCAGAUUCCAAUGGGGUUAUGACCACUGUAUCAACCAUGCAAGAAAUCAAUGACAAGAUCCUAUCCUUGAAUUAUGAGGACUACAAGGCAGAGAUAGAGACUGCAGAUGCUCAGGAGUCCUACAAUGGAGGUGUGAUUGUCCUAGUCACUGGAUGUUUGACUGGAAAGGACAAUGUUAGAAGGAAAUUCACACAAACAUUCUUUCUAGCACCACAAGACAAAGGCUACUUUGUCUUAAAUGAUGUAUCUCGGUUUAUGGGGGAGAAUGUAUCAUUGCAGAACAAUUCUAUCUCUGUUAAUGAUGCCAGUGGAAAUGCCUCACCAACCAACUCGGCAACUGAUUCAGAGCCUACUCAUGUUUCUGACCAUCCUGUGUUGGAACCUGCAAUAUCCCUUGAGGUGGAGGAUUUGAAUAAUGGUGACCAAGUGCGUGACCCUUCAGAUAACGGGGAAGGAUCAGUCAUUGAAGAAGAGGUGGUUGUUGAAUUCUCUAUUCAGUCUGAUCAAAAUGAAAUGCAUUCAGUUGUUGAUUCAACUCCUGCUACUCAAGAAGACACCCCCAAAAAAUCUUAUGCAUCAAUUGUUAAGGUAAUGAAAGGAAAUUCCACACCUUCCUCGGUUUAUGUGCCUACUGGUACAGUGAGGGCAGCACCUGCAAACACUGAUCAACAGUCACUUGGUUCUGCAAAAUCUGCUUCUGUGCCAGAGGCAUCUGUUCCUACAAGUGACAGUGCUCCUGAAAGUAGUGAUGUUAACGUGGAAGCCGAAGGCCACUCCAUAUAUGUAAGGAAUUUGCCUUUAAAUGCAACAGUUACACAACUUGAUGAAGUGUUCAACAAAUUUGGACCUAUUAAGCAUGGUGGCAUACAAGUCAGAAGUAGUAAGGGGUUCUGCUUUGGCUUUGUUGAAUUUGAAUUGUUGAGUUCCAUGGAAAGUGCGCUCAAGGCAUCCCCAAUAACUAUUGGGGACCGUGAAGCUGAGGUUGAAAUAAAGAGAACUACCACACGAGUUGGCAGUGGUGGAAGAGGAAGGUUUGGUUCAGGAAGGGGUGGGUUUCGGAAUGACAGUUUCAGUCGGAAUGACAGUUUUAGAGGCCGCGGGAACUUUGGCGGUGGCCGGGGUUAUGGCAAUUAUGGCAGGAGUGAUUUUAGAAACCAAGGUGAAUUUCCAGGGCGACGUAGAGGCCCACCUGUGCGUAAUGGGGAGGGUUAUCAGUGGGUUAACCAGGAUGGAAGUGGGAGAGGUGGUCGCAGGGUGGGGUGAACCGAUUUUGUGCCCAAUUGAGUGUUAAAAUUUGUAAACAGAAAUUUUUUGGUGGUACAAACAAUGGAUUUGUAGUCAGGUGUUGGUUUUAAUAGUUACUUUUAUGAAAAAAAUCCCUGUUGGGAUCCUUCUAAA